ACGCGUAAUUUCUUAUGCAGUUUUAUGUUAUUCGUAGGUGCGUAUCAAGAAGUAAGAAAGAGAAUUGCGCUUUUGAUGACAUAACGACAGUUGUUAUAUUCAGUACAUAUUCUCAGAACUUUACAAAUUAUAAAUAUAAGCACAGUUUAAUAUUUAGGCUUGAGAAACUUAAAAGGUUUCUUCAUCGUACGACCGAAAUUUAGUAAUAUUUUUAUUUUAGAUCCUUCUUCAAACCUGUUAUAAUGGCAGCAAAUGAUGGAGAAUAUGGGAUGCCAGAUCAGAAAGCCCCAUUCUCUGAGUUUGAGAAUGCCUUUUCAGAAAAAGUAAUCAGAAUGGGCUUCAUUCGUAAGGUGUAUGGGAUUUUGAUGGUGCAACUUGCAAUCACAGCGGGAUUUAUCUGUUUGUUCCUCUAUGUGCCCGAAGUACAGAAAUUCACUGCUUCUCACAUAGAACUGUUCUGGAUUGCAUUUGUUUUGAUGCUUAUAGUCAUGAUUGUCCUGGUCUGUUGCGAUAAAGUCCGAAGAAACUACCCAAGCAACAUUGUUUUACUUGUAAUCUUUACUGUUCUAGAGUCCUUCAUGUUGGGAUGUGCUGCAGGAGGUUACAAAGCUGAUGAGGUGAUGAUGGCUGUUGGUAUUUGUGCAGUAGUAACCCUAGGUUUGACCAUUUUUGCUUUUCAAACAAAGUGGGACUUCACCACAUGUGGCGGGUUUCUAUUAGUGGCAGUCUUGAUCUUGAUUUGUUUUGGCUUUAUCUGUAUCUUCAUUCCUGGACGGGUUGUCGGUAUUGUUUACGCAUCCCUUGGAGCUCUAAUUUUUUCAUUGUACAUCGUGUACGACACUCAGCUGAUGUUAGGUGGCAGACACAAGUAUUCCAUUUCUCCAGAAGAGUACAUCUUUGCAGCCCUUAACCUGUACUUGGACAUCAUCAACUUGUUUCUCUUCAUUCUUCAGCUUGUUAGUUAUGCCAGGCGCUAAACAGUUUCUCACCAUUUGAAUGAUAUUAAGAAAGCUCUGUGCUGUUCAAGUUAUUUUUGAAAUGUUAUCUCUGCUGUAAAACUUGGAGCAUAUGGAAAGAAAUCUAGUUAAACUUCUAAUCAUCAAAGAAAUAUAACUAAGAUAUUAAUGCUGUUUAUGGAAAAUUAUUGCCAAUUUAAACAUCAUAAUUAGAAAUAACUUCAGUCUUUAAUAAUUUAAAGUCUUUGUUUUCAUCUUAGUGUAACUUUCAAAGCAAUUGUACAGGAAAUGUUUUGUUUUUCCUAAAUAACAAUUUUUAGUAUUAAUUCACAAAAAAACUCAGCUUGUAUCACAUUUUACUAAUAAUUCCUUGAUAACAAGUAUUUUCGAAUCAUGAUGAUGAUUACAAAACCUUGUCGAAAAGGUUGUACAUUUUCUGUUAUGUUAAACUUAUAUUAAAGUUUUUCUUCAUUACCCAUUCAAGCUGUCACCAACCGUUAUUAGUCUUCGAAUCAGUUUACCAAAUCAUUUCUAUACAGUUCACUUCAAUAAAUAUCACUUUUGAAAGAUAAAAAUAUUGCUGUAAUAUACAUGGAUCUGAAAUAUAUGUUGGAACCUUUAUUGAAUAGUAAUAGAGACUUAAUAAGUCACACUACUUGCAAUAUAUAAAAACCGUUUUUAAUUUAUUUCUUAAAUAUAUUAGAAGAAAAACAAUACAAAUAUUUUUGGCCAUGAGCCUUCUCCAGAUGCUAGCUCCAUAGAAGUUCUAAAUUAAAAGAAAAACUGUUAUCCAAUAGCUGCAAUAGUAAUAAGCCUUGGUACUUGGGAUGACAUUCCACCUUACAUAGUCCAUUUAAGGUUCUAACUUUUUUUUUUGUACAACAUAAAAACGUUUUAUUAGUCACUUAAGGUGUACCGUAGUUACUAAGAUUUAAAGCUGCUCUCAAAAUGCCUAAAUCAAACAACAGCAUCUUGCCAGCUAGAUAUUAAAAAUCACUUAUGUUGCAGUUUUUUAAAGGAGUUCUGCAUCUUCAUAAGGAAGUAAUAGUUUUUUAAGAAGUUAAAUGUAGACUUUACACAAAUUUAUAGAGAAGCCUGAGAAAUAAAAGGUAUGAUAUAAUGAUGUUGAGCUAUAAAGCAAACUUUAGUCCAUUCUCUAGUUGUUGAAAAAUAUGUAGUUACAAAGAGGAUUAAAUGUUUCCAAUGAAUUAGUCAAAAUCACUAUGUGUGUGUGUGUGUUUUUUUUCAUAUUUUUAUCAUACUGUAGAGUCAUUUAAUAUUCAAAAUUUUUCAUUUAAUUUUUGAAAUAUGUUUCAAGUUUCUACUCAGUCUUGAAUUUCAACAAAAAUAUAAUUUGAUCUCAAUUGAAGAUCCCUUAUUCAGUGAACUAUGUCACACGAGAAACAAGUUUUGUUUUUGCAAAAGUAGAUGUUUAUUUGUACUUGUUAAUUGUGAUUUUUGAAUAAGUUUUAAUUUACAACUUUAUUUUUUUUACAUUUAUACGUUAAAGAAUGUAUAUUUUAAGGUGGAGAAUACACAAGAAACCAAAUAAUUCAAAACCUUGAAUGAUUGUUUUGUUUCUACAGAUUGUAAAUAUUGAUGUCAAGAAUUAUAUAUGUUACAUCUCUUAGAUGUGCUAUCUAUUGAAAUAUAUUGCUUAUUAGUGGUGGUGGUUAUAUUACCCACAUUAAUGGGACAAAUAAUAAAUAAAACAAAUAUCUUGCUGCUAAAAAGUUAAGUUUAUGUUUUGUAUUACAAAUCUGUGACUUACAUUUGUAUUUUUUACACUUAAUUGAAAGGAGAGUGGAAAUUUAUAUGUGUAUGAAUGAAAUUAACUUGGAAGAAGAUGAAUGUUAAUUAUCAAAUGCUUUUUAUCUAUCUUGCAGAUAUAAGCUAAGAAAUUUAUUAUUUCACUAUACUUGCAAUACAUAUUUAGUUUGUAAUAAAACAAACACUAUUGUAAACAUAACUUUUCUCCAGCAACUGAAAGUUGUGCAGUUUUCCUCAACAUUUAGUUAAGUAUUAUUAUUAUUUUAGAUAAUCAAUAUUAUUGUGCUUCAUUUUUUGUAGAAGCUUUGUAUAGAGUAUUUUCUUUCUUUUAUUCAACUAGUCAUAUAUUUUCUGGUUUUUAUCUUCAUUCAACUCCCACUGAGCAGUACUUAAAUUACACCACAGCUUUCCGACUUGCUAUAUUGUUAAUAAUAGGUAAGCAAGUACCGACUUGUAAGAGUUUUAUUAAUGUUGAAACAUAUAGUAUGUUCAAUAAAACUUUUCCUUAUGCUUAUAAAUCCUUGUUUGCCUACCUAUUAUUAUAUUAGUAUGAUGUACUUCCUUACUCAAGUACACUUGUUGCUGUUGUUAUUAAAGACAAGUAAUAUAUUGUGUAUAGUAGAAAGUGUUAAAAAAUGUACCCAAAGUUCACACUGUAAUAGGCUUUUGUUAAGCAUUAAUGGAUAUUGUGAAAUAAUGUGUUCUAAAACUAAGCAAAAGAAUAGUAUAUUUAUAUAUUUACUUCAAAAUGUUAAGUUUAAGUUUUUAUUAAUUUGUAAUAGUAAAGAAAUGUUGACUCAAUAUUAUGUACGGAAAUAUUGUCAUCUAAAAAUGUGUUCAUUGCUACAUGUGUCUAAUAAAAUUUAGUUACUGCUAUUUUGUUUUUCCAUUGAAAGUUGUAUUUAAAAUGGCACACACGUAACAUAAAUGUUAUGUGCAUUAAAGAUAUUUAUGUUAUAAGACA